UAUUGUACCGAUUUUAUGUAUCCGCAUGUGUCGUUGUAAAAUGUAAAUUAUAUUAUCCUUUAUGAUUCAAUUUUAAACAUGAAAAUAUUUUAUUUUGCUUUUAUGGUCACAUUAGCUUUAAAUAACUUGAAAAUAUAUGCAGUACCUCUACAACGAAUAGAUCUACAACGAACUCUAAAUAACACGCGAAGAAUUUUGGGAGGCCAUGAUGUCAGUGAUACGAGGCCCUAUAUGGUUUACCUUCGAGCGGCAACUCCAGCUCCUGGCGCCAAAGCGACGGUAGACAACGACUGGCUCUGCGGAGGCACCAUCAUCCACGAGCGGUAUAUCCUCACUUCAGCAGCUUGCAUUGAAGAUGUUCAGCAGUUUUAUGUUGUAUCUGGAACACAUAGAUAUGUAUCACCAACUGACAAAGAUAACGAAUGUAUCAAUAAUGGUGCUAAAAAGGCGGUUUGGAAAUGUGUGCCAAAAUCGUAUGUAUUCGACGGUAAAGAUUUCGAGAACAUUCUCUGGAUGGCCAACGACAUAGCUGUGGUGAAAGUGGAGGACGAUUUUAAUUUCAAGCGGCGUAUCCGCGGAUGCGACUUCAUCCCGCAGAAGAUUGCCUUCAACAAUGUCAGUGAGGAGCUGGAGAAACCUGGCACCACUGCGAGCAUCGCCGGAUGGGGUUCCAUGGAAAAAUUCAGUAGCGGUAAUUCGCCAGCAGGCAGACAAGGCGUGAACUCACCAACGCUCCAGGAGGCAGAGGUGGUGUUGCUGUCGAAGAGACAUUGCAAGAAGCGCUGGGACCCAAGAUACCAUCACAUUAUAGACGAAAACAUGAUAUGUGCGAAGGAUGGUAGUGAUAGUAACGUGAUGUCCGAAGUUUGCAGCGAACAAGAAGUAAACUGCAAAGAGCUGGUUUACUCUGAUGAAGAAGACAAUGAUAAUGCAGAGAGACGUGUCCUCGAGCCUAAAGAUCUGGUGGUUCACUAUCCCCAACAUGUGAACGUCAAUGAUUCUAGGAGAGCCAUGGAUGCAGGCGGCUUCUGUGAGAACGACCAUGGAGGCCCACUAGUUGUCGGACAAGGGAAAAGUGCCAAAGUGGUGGGCGUGAUUUCUGCCUGUAUGACCCAGGAAAUCAGCAAGAAGUGUUAUGGGCCCUUCCUCUACACCAGCGUUUGGAAGAACCGGCACCUUAUCAACUGCGCUAUCGACAAGGAGAUGGGCUUGACAUGUAGGAAGUUGCUGCGUGCUGGCAAGACCAAGCUGGUGGAAACUAUAUUCAACUGGGUGGCGAACACAGAGAGCACCCAAUCUGUGACCCCAAAACAGACCCCGAGAAACAAAAGAUUUAGAAAAACUGCAAGGGAUUAAAUUUUUUUUUAUUUCA